GGAGGAGGAUAAUCUGGCAGAAAGUGCGCAGAGAGACAGAGUCUGUCAGCCAAGACUAAACAGAAGUUUCUUUGAGUCUUAAAGGAAGAAAAAAGAAGAAGUAGAAGACGAGAGACAAUCCCUUCAUCCUUCCGUCUGCAAGCAUGUCUGACUGUGAGGGACCACCCGCGGGACCGGAGGAAGCUGCAGACAUCCAUCCCUCAGGUUUGUUCCUCCCUCUGCAACUCUGGAGUUUAACUGGGAGGAAAAACAAGUUAACAUGACGGAAUGGGAGUGAAUGGGUUGCCAGGGAGCCUGAUCCGAGCGGAGUGAAUGGAGGCAGCAGCAAACUAAACUGAGAAUGGAGGACGGCUUUUCCAGCUACAGCAGCCUGUAUGACACCUCAUCCCUGCUCCAGUUCUGCAACGAUGACAGCGCGUCGGCAGCCAGCAGCAUGGAGGUGACGGACCGCAUCGCCUCCCUGGAGCAGCGGGUCCAGAUGCAGGAGGAUGAGAUCCAGCUGCUCAAGUCCGCUCUGGCCGACGUGGUUCGGAGGCUGAACCACUCAGAGGAGCAGCAGGCCAUGGGGUCGCGCAGAGGACCCACCAAAGAGCCCACUAAGAUGAGAAAAUCUCCAUCAGCAGACAGCAGUUUUGGCAAGUCAGCCAGGCCGAUGAUCGCCACUCUGCCGCUGCGGCCCACGGUCAACAACGGGACCGUCCUGCCGAAGAAAGGCAGCAGCACCCUGCCCUCCCCGUCUGGACCCGGGACCAGGAAGGACGCCGGCCCGGCAGCCAACAAGAGAAUGUUGUCCCUCAGCACUGUGAGGAGAGCCAACUCAAACGAACACGUGGGGACUCUCACUCGCAAGGACUCGGGCGACUCCAAGGGGAACCGGACCCGGGCCGGGUCAACGGGCAGCAACUCCAGCGGCAAGAGAAGCGACAGGUAAACCCAAACCGCAGGC